AUGCCUUUCACAUACCGUCGUCGUGCUCGUGUCACCCCACGAACCACCACCACCACAACUCGCCCCCGUCGCAGCAUCUUCCCUCGACGCCGAGUUGCCCAUACUCACCACACAACUCACACAACGCACACCACGCACGCACCAGUGCACCACCAGAAGCGCCGCCCAUCCUUCAAGGAUAAGGUCAGCGGCGCCAUGCUGAGAUUGAAGGGCUCUCUCACGCACCGCCCAGCUGUCAAGGCUGCUGGCACUCGAAGAAUGCAUGGCACGGACGGACGCGGCUCGCACCGCCCCCGCCGCAGAAUGUUCUAA